GCCAAGUGUCUUCCAUGCCACGUCAGAAUCACGUCAAAUUACCGGGGCAAAGUACAAAGCCCAAGAACAGAGAAACCACAAGAUAAAGUCCAUGAACAAAGUACGAAGCCUAAGAACAGAGGAAGCCCAAUACAUGUAAAAGAGCACAAGCGAAGCCCAUAUGAAGAAAGAACAACAAAGAGAGGGGUUGGCAACAGCAAGGAGAGCUGGCCUUCAUAGCUCGAGACUGACGACCGAGAGCGGCGGAGUACGAUCCCUCAGGAUGGAGGAGAAGGAAAGUAGCAGGGCCUUCAGCCACUGGUGGUGGGCUCUGGCCAGCGGUGCCCAGUUGGGUUGGGGCGUUUUGUCGUACAGAAGAGGCUGCGCCGGGGCAUCACGCCUCAUGCCCUUAAAAGCCUUCGCCGUUGCCUCCCUCUUCGUCGGCGCCGGUGCCUCCGCCUCCGUAUCCGUGCUACAUGCCUCCGGCAUCUACAAGGUGGAAGACCUCUUGGAAGUGGGUGCAAAUAUAAGAAGGGGACUUAGGGUUCGUCCAAGGACAGGAGAAGAAUAAAUGAAGUAUUCUGUGAUCUCUUUGUCCAUGAUGAUGAACAUUUGAGUGAGAUAUUUCCUGUAUGCUUUCUCUUCUUCUGCCUAGGAAGAUCAGCCAUGUUAAAGCUGGCCACGACAGCAUAAAUGAUAUGGUUCACCAAACUCUUGGCCUUUCAGUCCACCUUGAAUGCAGUUUUGUAUGCUGGUGUCGGUGAUAGAUGUCUGAAUUUUCUUGGUAUAUGAUUAAUGAAACAUUAUUCC